AUGUACUUUCUCAAAUUAGCGACUUCAUUGUUUUCAUGUCGUAGUGCAAGUUUUUCCACAGGAAGUCUAAAUUCACUUUCCUUUUUCGUCCCAGGCCUAGUACCCGUUCCCAUAGACUUAUGUGUGGGCACAACGGAUGCAAAACGUUCCAAAGAAUGCGAACACCAACUUGGUUGUAACUUGGAUCAAUUAUGCCUUGCUUGCAUAAAACCAGCAUUGUUUCUUCGUGAAAGGUGGCCAGAAGCAGCCGAUGACCAAGGUGUCACACAAGAGGAUGCUAAACGAUGUGGACCAGAGAGCAUAGUGUGCAUUUUGUCCACUACUUUAUGCUUUUCUCCCCGGAUACCUGACAGAAUCCAUGCAAUCACUAAAAUUUGCAUGAAGUAUGGUGUGUCACACCUUAUUAACAACGCUUAUGGCGUCCAGUCUCGUCGAUGCAUGAGGAUGAUAGAAGCUGUUGGGAAACUGUUACUACAGGAUACAUGUGUUGAACAAAGGCAGAUAUUGCCAGAGUCCACAAAUUCUGAAUCCCAUGCAUCUGGCAAGGUGCAGCAAUCUCUAUCCAGUCCCAUCGUCCCUCCUAAAAUGCCUGACGGUGAACUGGCUAUUGACUUAUUGUACGUUCAGAGUACAGAUAAGAACCUGAUGGUGCCCGUUGGCGGGGCAAUCGUAGCCGGUUUCUCCAAGUCCCUCGUUGAUUUUGUUGCAAAGUCCUACCCGGGCCGGGCCUCUGGUACACCAUCUUUGGAUGUCCUUGCAACGCUAUUGCACUUGGGAAGCAGGGGUUGGACCGAACUUAUCGAUCGCCGUGAAGUGUGCUUUAAAAAACUCCUUUCCGGACUCGAAGAACUGGCCGGUCGUCACGGUUUACGAGUUCUCGGGACUGCAGACAAUCCGAUCUCACUGGCUCUUGACCUCAAUGGUUUGUGCUCUGAACCUGGUCGAGAACCCAAUCCGGAUAGUCUGCGAAGGCUCACUCAGCUGGGAGCCCACUUAUUCACUCAAGGUUGCUCCGGAGUCCGCGUUGUGCUCCCUGCUAGUGUUCAGCAGGUGCAACAACUGGGUGCUUAUUCCUUCCCUGGUUUUGGUUCGCACAGUUCUUCCUCCACCAUAGCCUAUCUGAACGCGGCGGCUGCUGUGGGACAAACAGAGUCGGAGGUGGGUCUGUUCCUGAACAAGCUCGAUAAGGCUUUGAAGCAGUUUAGAUCAAACAACCAAGUGAUUUCAGCUGAAGACAUAUCGCCGUAGUGUUGUGAUAUUACGUGUACAGCUUUGAACAACCUAUCCGUAUACCUUCAAUGUGAUUUGAAAACAAAGUUUGCAGCUAUUCGUUUUCUCUAAUCUGUACGCUGAUAGUGUUCAGCUAAAAACGUAGGCUUCCACUCACAGAUGGAUGCGCAAAGCAAUUAUUUUUCACUAUUG